AUGAGCACCGUCGUAGACAGAAUUAGAAGCAAGUUUCACAAACUAGACCCAUCAACUCAGUCUAACUACACUGACUUUAAAGUCAGAAGCACCACUUUGGAGUUGAAUGUUUUAUUCGGUGAGAAACGCAUUACCGGGAACGUCCAAUACGACUUGACCAACAAGACCAACACCGACAAGCUUGUGCUUGAUACCAGUGCGCUUGAAAUAAAGCAAGUCAAAGUUGGUGGAGAACCCGUUAAUUUCCAAUUAGAUCCAGCCAAGCCAGUGUUGGGCUCAGCAUUGAAGAUUCCUGUACCACAAAGCUCAGCCAUCAUAGUGGAGGUGUCGUUUGAAACCACUGAAAAAUGUACAGCUAUCCAAUUUAUCAAGGGGGAUACUGGUCCCUAUGUAUUUUCGCAAUGUCAAGCCAUUCAUGCGCGUAGUUUGUUCCCAUGCUUUGACACGCCAGCUGUGAAAUCACCUUAUAAAUUCAUUGGAAAAUCCCCGGCAAAAGUGACCAUGUCAGGAAGACCGAGAAGCAGCGACGUCGCUAACGUGUAUGUAUUUGAUCAGCCAAUACCAAUUCCUUCGUACUUGGUAUCCAUUACCUCUGGUAAUUUGUGCAAGGCACCAAUCGGACCAAGAUCCGAUGUCUAUAGUGAACCUACAAACAUCAAGCAAUGUCAAUGGGAGUUUGAGAAAGAUAUGGAAAACUACAUUCAGAUUGCCGAGGCAUUGGUAUUUGAUUAUGAAUGGGAAAGGUUUGACUCGCUAGUUUUGCCAUCGAGUUUCCCCUAUGGUGGGAUGGAAAUUCCAAACAUGACUCAAUUGACCCCAACCUUGAUUUGUGGUGACCGUACCCAAACCACAGUAAUGGCACACGAGUUGGCCCAUUCAUGGUCGGGAAAUUUAGUCACAAAUUGUUCAUGGGAGCAUUUCUGGUUGAAUGAGGGCUGGACUGUGUACUUGGAGAGAAGAAUCUUGGGAGCAAUUGCUGCCAAGGAAGCAAAAGCACGGGGCAAAAGUGACAAUGAAGCAAAAGCAUACGGCGAACAAGCGAGACAAUUGGAUAUGAUCUCUGGAUGGAAUUCACUAGUCGAGACUUGCAGUACGUUUGAUCCCCAGUUUACCAAAUUGGUCAUUGAUUUAGAGGGUAAGGACCCAGAUGAUUCGUUUUCCAGAAUUCCAUACGAAAAGGGAUUUUUCUUUUUGUACCACUUGGAAACAAAAUUGGGUGGUGUUGAACAGUUUGAUCCUUUUAUCAAACACUAUUUCAAAAAGUUUAGAUAUCAAUCGUUGGAUACAGCCCAGUUUGUGGACACUUUGUACGAGUUUUAUACACCACUUGGCAAAAAGGAUAUUUUGGAUAGUAUUGAUUGGGACAAACAGUUGUUCACAUCUGGUGCCCCGGAUGAACCAAAGUUGGACACCACCUUGGCUAGCGAAGUCUACAAAUACGGUGGCAAAUGGGUCGAGUAUAUCAAAAAGGGCGAGGGCGACUUCUCCAAUAUCCCAUUUAGCGAUGCCGAUACCGAAUCGUUUCUGGGUGAACAAAGCAUGUUAUUUUUAGAGUAUCUACUGGAAAAUUUCAAAACUUUGAAAGUUCCUGUAGACUUGAUUAGAAAGUUGCCACAGGUUUACCCCAGGUAUGCUAGUAGUCAAAAUGGAGAAAUUCUUUCUGUUUGGAAUGACAUUUUAAUUAGUAAUGGAAACUACACUGCCGAAGAUGAGAUUGUGAAUGCAUUUGCAGCCUGGUUAGGUCAUACUGGUCGAAUGAAGUAUGCUCGUCCAGGGUAUUUGUUGUUGAAAAAUGGGGUAAGCAGUGAGUACGCCAUUGCACAAUUUAAAAAGCAUGAAGCUUUUUACCACCCAAUUUGCAAAACAAUGAUUGAAAAAGAUUUAGGAUUGAAUUAA